AAAACAUACAUUGAGUAACUUUACACUUGGUGGAUUUUUUUUUUUAAAAAAGCGUGGGAGUGGUUGAAUGUUGCGUUCACAGGCACGACUCGAUUGGAAUGAGAAGACGCGCAAAAAAAGUUUUUACCAAGACGAAUAAAUCAGGAUGCACUGGUUAUUGUUCCCCAAUUUAAGCUUGCUUGUUUGCAUUCACAGCUAUGUAUCAGCCUUCACACUGGAAACCAGAACCCUAACAAAUGAUGAGUCUUACUAUCAGUAUGUACCUCAUCGCCUGCAGUGGAGCAGUGCAGGGGAUUUGUGCAACCAGCGCUCUGGGGCCUUAGCCACUGUCUCCAACUCAGAAGAGAACCACGAGCUAACCAGCUUCUUAAAAUCCUUAAACAUCUCUCAGCCUGUGUGGAUUGCCAGGAAAGCCAUGACACAUCUGACAAGUUCCUCCCAGACCCUGACUCUGGAGUUCACCGGGCGCUCGGACAGGAAGCAUGCCCGUCUCCUGCACAAGUUCCCCUUCAUGGGCUCAGUGACUGUUUGCACUCAUCUCCGUUUUGAUACAAAUUGCUUUGGAAUUUCCACCAUCUUCUCUUACUCCAUCCAGGCAUAUAUUAAUGAAUUCCAGCUCCGUGCAAACUUGAUCAAGGGCAAACGUGUUCAGCUGGCUCUGUUGGUGCAUGGCAUUCAUGGACCUUACGUAGAAGCCUUCGACCACGACGACUCCUGGCACUCUGUGUGCGUUUCAUGGAGCCAGAAUGGUGGACGCUGGGCUCUGUUUAGUCAUGGUCGUCUUGUCUCUGGGAGUGAUGGCCUAAGCAGUUUUAACAGCAUUGGUCGUGAUGGCCUUUUUGUUAUUGGGCAGGAGCAGGACACCUUUGGGGGCUCUUUUAAGAAGGAUGAGUCAUUCUCAGGAAGCAUUACUGAGCUGCACAUAUGGGAUCGGGUACUGAACAGCAGUGAAAUCUACACCAUGGAAAAGGAGUGUUCACCCAUUCCCUCUGGGCUAGUGUUCAAGUGGAGUGAAGAAGCCAUGGAAAUAGAGUCCUCCCUUACGAAGCUGUGGAGAGACAGCCCAUGUCAAGAAAACUUCACUGUCUUAGCAAAUGUGGCCUUGGAUUCCUCCCUGGAUGGAAGUUCUUUGGUGAAUCAAACAUUGAUUGAGUUGCUACUUAUCUCUCAGUCUGAUGAGGACUGUGCCAUCUUUGACCCUGUUAGGACCAGAGCGGUCCGAGCCACAUGUGACUCCUUCAGAGGGGCCGUCUGCCAGUUUAAAAAAGAAGUGGUGGAUGGUGACACUUUACCAAAGACACCAUUCUUCAGUAGACUGAGCAAGGAUCCUCUGACCAAACUUGUAAUGGAGAAGCUGAGCAUUAACACCUCCAGGGACAAAGAUCUGACCUUGAUGCAGCAGCUGACCCAGGCUGUUCUGCAUACUUUGGAGGUCGGUGGCCCGAAUCUCCUCACCUCCAGUGACGUCCUUUACCUCACACAGAUGGUUGAGAUGGACUUGACUACACUGGUUAGCGCUCACACGGCCAGAGCCGAUGCAGCAGGGGUCAUGGUUUCCAUUGCUACCAACUACGUAAAGAUGGCUAGUUUGAUGUUGGAGCCCCGUAUGGCUACACAGUGGACGGGCCUGACAGAGGAUGGGGUCGGCGUGGGACCAUUUAUUAUUGUCAAAAGCAUUGACAGUCUGACUGAAACUCUUGCGGAUAUGUUAUCUGCUGAGAGAAGAGGAUUCACCCUUUCUACCAAGAACAUAGAUGUGCACAUGAAGUGGCAGAAGCUGUCUGAAGAAACCUGUCGUCAUGUCUUCAAGCCGUCUGCGGUCGGCUCUCAUGCGGCCAGCAGCAGCGGUCAGGAUGAAUUACUGAUUUCUGACACUGAGCUCCAGAGGAUACACGCACUCGGUUAUAACGAAGUGAUGUUUAUUCAUACCCAUUACAGCCAUCUGAGCGAGAUUGAGUCUGAAGCCCAGGAGCCUCCACUGAGUCACCACGAAGAAGUUAAAAGAAUUCCCCCAGGUCACCUGGCUUCCUCUGUCAUAUCAGCCACUAUUCGUGAUGCCUCCAAGUCCCAGACCGUCCCAGUGGCCGUGGAGUACACUCUCUCCUCAUCACAUGUGGUGGAGUAUUCACAGCGUGUUACUCCUGUUUGUGCCUUCUGGAAUUUCAGCUUGAUGCAUAAUCAUACCAGUGGGUGGUCCACUGACGGUUGCAGGGUGACCUUUUCAGGCUCUGGUGUCACUUCCUGUCUGUGUAACCACACCACCAACUAUGCAGUGCUGAUGAAUUACCUGGAGACGAAGUGGAAUCCUGAGGUUGAGCUUAUUUUGACCAAGCUGACGUUCAUUGGCUCUGGUGCGUCUCUGUGCGCGCUGGUGGUGACCUUAAUGAUGUUCACUGUGCUGGAUAUCCCCAAAUCUGACAGGACGUCCGUCCAUAAGAACCUGUUCAUCGCUCUGAUCUGUGCCCAGGUGAUCCUGCUCUGCAGUGGCUCAGCCAUUCACAAUAAGGUGGCGUGCACACUUGUGGCGGCACUGCUUCAUCUCUUCUUCAUGGCAGCAUUUAGCUGGAUGCUGGUGGAGGGCUUGCUGCUCUGGAGCAAGGUGGUCGCCGUCAACCUGAGCGAGGACCGACACAUGAAAUAUUACUAUCUCAUUGGAUGGGGUCUGCCGGUGCUGAUAGUCACCAUCACGCUGGCAUCGGCCUCAGGCAAAUACGCAGCGGACGGCCACUGCUGGCUCAGUGUCCAGAAUGGGGUUAUCUGGGGCUUCGCUGGGCCUGUCAUCUUCAUCAUCAUGGUGAACAUCAUGGUAUUGACCAGGGUGGUGGUCAUCACCAUCUCCACAGCCAAGAGAAGGUCCAUCAUGCUGGCCAUGGGUGCCAGUCCUGUAGAACAAGUCUAUGAGCAAAUGAGGGCUGCAGUGAAAGCAGUGUUAGUGUUGCUGCCCAUCCUUGGAUUGACAUGGCUGUGUGGUGUCUUGGUGCCUUUCUCAAUUGUCAUGGCCUACAUCUUCAUCCUUCUCAACUCCUUGCAGGGCCUGUUCAUCUUCCUGAUAUAUGGGGUGUACAACACAGAGGUUCGGAGCACGGUCAACAGGAUCAAGGAGAGGAGAAAAGCGCUUAAUUUUUCAAACUGUGCCAGUUCCCGACCAUCCAGUUCUGUCACCAGCUCUCGUCCUGUCAGUUUCCCACUAGGAACUACCCCAAGCCAGGAGGAGGAGGCCACCCCUCCCUACACUUGCAGCACCACCACGGUCUCGGGGAACGAAGAAGAGAGGACCAGAGGUCAGCUGUCCAUUCCUUGUGUUCCAGAGAGACUAGAAAGCCCCUUGAGCCAAACUUCCAAAGGCACUCAUCUUCACAGCAAGGAGCCUCUUCCCUCUGAGGUGGAUUCCACGCCUGCUGGUUGCAGUCUUCACGUUCCCAUGGAGCUGGAGUUUGCAGCCUCCUGUUUCCCUCGCAGCCCCGCGCCUCAGAAAAGCUAUGGCCUCGUCUACGUUGACUGACUGGGCUGGUGACGGCGAUUAUAUAACGGUAUCAUAGCUCUUCUUCUAAAUUUUCUGUCACAUAUGACCCUUGCAGAAAAGCAGGAAUAUUUGGUACAUCUGUGUUCAAAUGGUGGUAUUUUCAGUGAUUUAGGACUCUUACUGCCUUUGACACUUAUUUUAACAUAUAAGUCAUAUAAGCUAAAUGCCUCAAGUAAAACCUUAAUCUAAAGUUAAAUUCCACUUCUUUUUUUUUUUUUUUACAAGAUCCUUGGUUUUUGUUUGUUUGCAUUUGAUAUAUUUGUGUCUUUCACUGUGUGUUAUCUUCCGUGGCCUCCUGUGCAUUUGCUUGUGAAUGCAUUACUGUAUUUUGUCCAGUAAAGUGUGAGACACAAACUGACUAAUGGGACGUACUUGUGACCCAUUAGUGCGAGACACAUAUCAUGUGAUUGUGAUGUCUCUGGUUUGAUUCAGAUGGACAUUUUUAUCACGUGCCACCCCCGACUCCCCACCCCGUCCUCUGUCCUCUUGUUCUGUCAAAGCUGUCAAAUAAAGGCCGGAAUGGCAUGGAAGAAAAUAAGAUGAAGUUGAAUUUU